CUAACAGUCUCAAGUCUCUUCUCCUCCUCGGGCCUGGUACCUGUUGCAGGUACCUUCCGGGUAAGCAGACGGUGGGCAUUCCCCACCCCUCCCCAGGGAAGGGCAGUGGGCCCCAUCCCAAGCCUCCCAACCCAGGACUUCCAUUUCUGGCAGAGGAGAAAUGAGACGGGGAGCAGGCCUGGUCCAGCUCUGGCUCUCUGCCUCUCCGCGUGCUCACGGCCUCUCCCAGCCUGGUGCUAAGCAGUGUCAUGAGUCUGGACCAGGUGGGAGAUUAACUCUUGGGUGUGGGAGCACUUCAGGGCAGGGAGGGGGCGGACUGACAGGUCCAAGGUUACCAACAGAGGGGGGCAGCUGCCAUCCUGGACAGAUACCCUCGUCUUAAGAAUCCGUGACAGAGGGAGCCAGGAAGCCCCACUAGAGAGGACCGAGCCCGGGGGGAACUGGGCGCUGCUGGCUGGUGCCAAGUCCCGGCUUCAGCCCGCAGGCCCGGCUCCCCUGGCUCCUCCUCCCGCACCCCCGCCAGCCCCACGUGCACUUAAUACUUCUGACACCCAGUCCGCCCGCCACGGACUGUGGCCUUGGCUGUAGCUAGUGUGGGAGCCCGGGAGGACCUGGACCACAAGUGUCUCAGGCAGAACCAAAGGAGCAGCUUCAGGUGCCGUAGUAGCCGCCAGCAGCUUUCCCCCGAGGAGCCUGGGCUGCCGCCUGCAGGUCACCGGGGCCCCGGCCAUGUGGCUGCCUCUGCUGCUGGCGGUCCUGCUCUGGGCUGCGCUUUGGUUGCUCAGGGACCGGCAGUGCCUGCCGGCCAGCGACGCUUUCAUCUUCAUCACCGGCUGUGACUCGGGCUUCGGGCGGCUCCUUGCUCUGAGGCUGGACCAGAGAGGCUUCCGAGUCCUGGCCAGCUGCCUGACACCCUCGGGGGCGGAGGACCUCCAGCGGGUCGCCUCCUCCCGCCUCCACACCACCCUGCUGGAUGUCACAGAUCCCCAGAGCGUCCGGCAGGCAGCCAAGUGGGUGGAAACACAUGUUGGGGAAGCAGGGCUUUUUGGUCUGGUGAAUAACGCUGGUGUGGCUGGCAUCAUUGGGCCCACCCCAUGGCAGACGCGGGAGGACUUCCAGCGGGUGCUGAAUGUGAACACGCUGGGCCCCAUUGGGGUCACCUUCGCCCUGCUGCCCCUGCUGCUGCGGGCCCGGGGCCGAGUGGUCAACAUCAGCAGCGUCCUGGGCCGCCUGGCCGCCAAUGGAGGGGGCUACUGCGUCUCAAAAUUUGGCCUGGAGGCCUUCUCUGACAGCCUGAGGCGAGACGUGGCUCCUUUCGGGGUGCGGGUCUCUAUCGUGGAACCUGGCUUCUUCCGAACCCCUGUGACAAACCUGGACACUUUGGAGGCCACCCUGCAGGCCUGCUGGGCACGGCUACCUCCAGCCACACAGGCCCUCUACGGGGAGGCCUUCCUCGCCAAAUACCUGAGCGUGCAGCAGCGGAUCAUGAACAUGAUUUGUGACCCGGACCUGGCCAAGGUGAGCAGGUGCGUGGAGCAUGCCCUAACUGCCCGUCACCCCAGAACCCGCUACAGCCCAGGCUGGGAUGCCAAGCUGCUCUGGUUGCCAGCCUCCUACUUGCCAGCCAGCCUGGUGGAUGUUGUGCUCACCUGGGUCCUUCCCAAGCCCGCCCAGACAGUCUGCUAAAUCCAGCACUCCAGCAGGAGAUGGUUGUUCAAGGCAAGGACUCUCAUUUAUUCUGUCUCCCACCCUGGUACUGCCUGGUGCCUGGCAUAUAACAGUCACUCAAUAAAUGUGUAUUAUUCAAAACAAAAGCACUGUGGGAGAGCAGAAGUGAGGGUGCACAGUGG